AUGUCGUCUUCCUUAGAGGAGGUUGGCAACACAAAGCCAGUCAUCAAUUCAAACCCAGACCUCCAAUCGUACUACCACUCCCUAGAAUCACGGCUAGGCUAUAGAUUCAUACUAGGAGGUACAAGACAUUUCGGGUACUGGGAGCACGACACAUACUGGCCAUUCCCCCUCUCCAAAAGUCUACGCAGGAUGGAAGACAAACUAGGCGAAGCCCUAUCCCUCCCCCCAGACUCCCAAGUCCUAGACGCUGGCUGCGGAGUCGGGCACGUAGCACUACGCAUGGCGAAAAAAUUCAAAUUCCGAAUAACUGCUAUUGAUGUCGUGGAACAUCACGUCGCCAAGGCCGUGCGGAAUAUCAAGCGCUCGCGUCUACCGGAAACUGUGAUAUCGGCGCAGAGGAUGGAUUAUCACCAUUUAGACCCGUUUGCGGAUGGUUCGUUUGAUGGGGUAUAUACCAUGGAGACGUUCGUCCAUGCUAGCGAUCCGAAAGCCGUGUUAGGUAAUUUCCACCGCGUGUUAAGGCCCGGUGGGAGAUUGGUGAUGUUUGAGUACGACCAUAAUGCGCUUGAGGGCUCGCCAAAGGAUAUCGCGGAAUCUAUGGUUAAAGUUAAUAAAUACGCUGCUAUGCCCACGAAUGCGAUCUCCCAACCUGGCGUUUUUAAGCAGAUGUUGGAAGAUGCUGGGUUUGAGGAUGUGGUUGUGAGGGAUUAUUCGUAUAAUAUUCGGCCUAUGACUAGGGCGUUUUAUCUCCUGGCUGUUAUUCCGUAUUUCUUUGUUCGCGUUUUGGGGCUGGAGCGGUGGUUUAUUAAUACGGUUGCUGGCGUGGAGUCGUAUAGGGGGUAUGGACAUUGGCAUUAUGUGGCUCUUUCGGCUACGAAACCUGGUGGUGAGAUUGAGGCAUCGAAAUCUAAAUAG